AUGGGAACCAUAAUCAACGCUUCCGGCGUGCUAGUAGCGGACCUAACUUUCCCGCACAACGAAACAUAUGCGCCCACCAAAAAGUUGCCUGUUGUCUUUGCUUUCCAGAGUUUCGAGCGCUCGAGGUACCUGAACCCCAAAAUUACUUACACCAUGUGGGAUUUGGAUGAGAAGAACGAAUCCCUGACUCCGUACCAUGAUUUCCAUGGUUCCAAUUGGGCAAACUAG